AUGACUUCCGUCGUUGGUCUCGAUGUCGGAAACAUGGCCAGCAAGAUCGGGCUGGCCCGUAAACGUGGAAUUGAUAUCAUUGCCAACGAAGUUAGCAAUCGUGCAACCCCCUCUCUUGUCGCCUUUGGUCCUCGCAACCGGAGUAUCGGAGAGUCUGCCAAAACUCAGGAAACUUCGAACUUCCGCAACACCGUCGGCUCCUUGAAAAGAUUGAUCGGUAGAUCCGCCAGUGACCCAGAUGUGAGCGAAAUCGAAUCCAAGUUCUUGAAUGCAGAACUAGUCGACGCCCAAGGAACCGUUGGUGUUAAGGUCAACUAUCUCGGCGAGGAGCAAGUCUUGUCUGCUACUCAGCUGUAUGCUGCUCUCCUAGGCCGUCUGAGAGACACUGCACAAGCUGAGCUCAAGGCCAAUGUCAAUGAUGUCGUGAUUGCCGUGCCGGGGUGGUACACGGAUGUUCAGCGGAGAGCCGUCCUAGAUGCUGCUGAAAUCGCUAACCUCCACCCCCUCCGAUUGAUCAACGAACUGACGGCUACCGCCCUGGGGUACGGUAUUACCAAGACUGACCUUCCCUCUCCGGAAGAAAAGCCUCGCUACGUCGCCUUUGUCGAUAUCGGACACUCGCAAUACCAAGUGGCGAUCGUCGCUUUCAGCAAAGGAGCCCUCCACGUCAAAGGUUUUGCUUACGAUCACCAUUUCGGAGGUCGUGAUCUAGAUUACGCACUUCUUAAACAUUUCGCCGCCGAAUUCAAGGAAAAAUACAAAAUCGAUGUCUUAUCGAACAAGAAGGCCAUCUUCCGUCUCGCUGCUGCCGUCGAAAAGUUGAAGAAGGUCCUCUCUGCCAACGCCCAAGCACCCCUCAAUGUAGAAUCUUUAAUGAACGACAUCGAUGCCAGUUCUUCAUACACGCGUGAAGCCUUUGAGGAACUAAUCUCCCCCCUGUUAGAGCGCACCAUUGCCCCCUUGGAACGAGCACUAGCACAGGCCGAUAUCAGUAAAGAUGACAUCGAAACCGUGGAACUGAUCGGCGGCUCGACCCGGGUCCCAGCAUUGAAAUCUCGUGUACAGGAGUUCUUCGGCAAGCCAUUGAGCUUCACCUGCAACCAGGAUGAGGCCGUUGCUCGUGGAGCCACGCUUGCAUGCGCUGGACUUUCGCCCAUCUUCAAAGUCCGGGAGUUUUCGGUGACUGACAUUGCCAAUUUCGCCAUCAGCACAUCCUGGCAGCCAACCCCUGAUGACCCCAAUACUAGCCUCGAUACCUUCAUUCCUGAAAGCCAUGUUCCGUCAGGCAAGCAAUUAACGUUUUACCGGUCAGAGCCAUUCGAGCUUGAGGUUCGCUACUCUGAGCCCCAAAAGCUCCCUGGAUCGAUCAACCCCUUUAUCGCCCGCUAUGUUGUCAGGAAUGUAGCUCCCGAUGCCAAGGGUCAACCUGCAUCCGUCAAGGUCAAAGCGAAACUCACCAUCAGUGGAUUGGUGUCGCUUGAGGGCGCCGUCGCGUAUGAAGAAACACAGUCGGAAGCUCCACCCGCCGAAGGUGGCGAAGAAGCUAAGCCUGUUAAAAAGACGAUCAAGAAGGAGCUCUCAGCAUCCUUCUUGACUUCUUCGCUAGACCGCCCAGUUCUCGACGACCUGUUGGCUAAGGAAGGCGACAUGCACUCGGGCGACAAACUAGUCUCCGAGACCGAGGAUCGAAAGAAUGCAUUGGAGGAAUAUGUCUAUGACACCCGAGAGAAACUCGAGGGAGCGUACGCGCCUUUUGUGACGCCUGAAGUCAAGCAGCAAUUGCUCAAUGCACUUCAACAAGCGGAAGAUUGGCUCUAUUCCGAGGAAGGCGAGGAUGCCAGCAAGUCGCAAUAUGUCGCUCGAUUGGAUGAGCUUCUUGCCAUCGGCAAUCCUAUCAAAUUCCGUCAACGUGAAGCAGAGGAUCGCCCCCGAGCCGAACGCCAACUCCGAGAGACAAUUUCUGAAUAUAUGCAAAAGGCCCAGUGUGGCGACCCGAUGUACGCCCACAUCGACGAGAAGGACAUUCAAACUGCCAUCGAGAAAUGCGCUGCUGCAGACAAGUGGAUCGGUGACGUAUCUGCCAAGCAAGCUGAGCUCUCCAAGACACAAGAACCAGCGAUGUCCUCGAGUGAAAUCCUCAAAAGGAAGGAUAACCUGAUGUUUGACUGCAACUCGAUCUUCAACAAGCCUCCACCCAAGCCUACCGUCAACGCCGAGGCCAACAAGAAUGCCAACCAGAACCAACAGAACGAGAACGCCCAACCGGCCAAUGAACAGCCCCAAACCGAGCCGGCAGGCGAAGAGAACGAAGGUGAAAAACCUGCACCAGGUACCAUGGAUGUUGACUAA